AUGGAAAUAAUCUUGGAGCCUAGAAGAAGAUUAUCUCAAGCUGAAGGUAUUGGUCUUGAACAAGUUAUUUCUGCUGAGGAAAUUAAAGCUGUGGUUAUGCAGUUUAGUCCUGACAAAGCCCCAGGUCCUGAUGGCUUUCCAGCAAGAUUUUUUCAAAAAUAUUGGGGGAUUGUGGGUCAAGAGGUGGUGAAUGUCAAGAACUUCGGCAGGAAAAAAGGUGAUCCAUCUGUUGCUUUGAACAUAGACCUUAAAAAGGCUUAUGACUCAAUGGAUUGGGGGUUUCUACAGAAGAUAUUACUAAGUUUUGGGUUCAGUGAGAAGUGGAUUAGUUGGGUGAUGGAGUGUACUUCUACAGCCAAUUUUCCUAUUCUUUGUAAUGGAGUGCCUGCAGGAUUCGUCUUAGCUUCUAAAGGCCUUAGACAAGGAUGCUCCUUGUCUCCUCUCUUGUUUGCUUUUGUCACCGAAUAUUUCUCCACUUUUAUUGCUAAAGCUAUUGAAGAAGGGAAGAUGAAGAGGUGUAAUGCUGUUCUUAAGACAGGGCUGAGCAUUUCUCACGCUUUUUAUGCUGAUGACUUGGUAAUGGUGGUGAAGGCUGAUGUGGGUUCUAUAAAAGGUGUUGAAGAAGUUCUUCAGAGAUUUAAAAAUAGUGCUGGACUUCAAAAAAAGGAUAAACUAUGGAUACAAUGGCUGCAAGCAUCCUAUCUAAAUAAAACUGUGUUCUGGUUGGUGGUUCCAAAAGCCACAGAUUCUGCUGUUUGGAAACAUGUUUUGGAGGUGAGGGAUUUGAUGCUUGAUAAGGUCUUGUUCCAGGUAGGUGAUGGUAAUUGUUUUAAGCUUGUCACAGAUCCCUGGUGCAAUGAGCAAUCUCUCAUUCAAUUAUUUGGAGCUGCCAGGUUCAAAGGGGUCGAUAGACAAACUGUCUUGGCUUCUAUUAUUGAUCAUGGGGCUUGGAGUAUUACUGAAAAUCUUGAUUUCAUUCAAAAUGUCAUUCAGCAGGUGGUUAUUCAUGAGGGACCAGAUCAAAUUAAGUGGAAAGAUAGGCAGUUCAGCCUGAAAGCAGCAUGGAAUAGUUGCAGAUCUUCAACUCAAAUAGAGAAAUGGGCAGGAGCUGAUACUAAUGAUCAUUUAUUUACCUCUUGUGAUUUUGCUUCAAGAAUUUGGAGAGAAAUUUUUGAGCUGGUUCAUUUACAGUGUCCAAAAUUUGUAUCUUUGAAUCAGGUGGUGGAUUGGUUCAUUCAAUAUACUGUGAUAAAAUCUAUCAAAUCAAAUAUUCUAUGCGGUUUAUUUGCAGUGACAAUUUGGAAGAUUUGGUCUGUGCGAAACAAUGUGCUUCAUAGUGAGAUUCAAGAUCCAUCUAAUCAGGUGGUGCAGGCUAUUAUUUGGGAUGUAAUUGCAUAUCUAAAUCUUAGUCUGUUGUGGACAAGCACAUUUGAGGGUUUGAAGAUCGUGUGCAAUUUUGAAAGCAGGCUGCUGACAGAAUUGAUUCCUGUUCCAGUUCGUGGUUGUGUUUUUUGGGUUUCAUGGUUAGAAGCAGCAUGUGGAACAGGGCAUAAUGGUUAUCUAUGUGUUGCUUAUUUGUUUUAG